CUCUCUCGCACAUCUCUCCUCGAGCGUUCCAUUUCGCUCUCUCCGCUCGCCUCACGAGACGCAUCCCCUGACUCAUCACUCGUUCUCCCGAUUCCUCCCGCACGCAGGGCGAUCGAACCGAGGCGAAACAGAUCAUCCCGGACAAGAGAACGAAGGGUUUUGUGACCUAGGGUUUGGAGGGCCUGAGCGCUACGGUAGAUCGAGGAGCUUUGUGUCUGGAGCUUGGAGCAAUGGCGAGUAAGGAGAAGGACCUUGAGGAUCGGCUCCGGGAGGUCGGGAGCCGGCUCGCUUCGCCUCCCUCUGCCGUCGAUGAACUCCUGCCGCUUCUCGACCAAACUGAGAGUUUGUUAUCGAGAGUGGACCAAUCUCCAACACAAUCAAUGUCAAAUGCGCUUAGGCCCUCAAUGAAAGCACUGGUGGUUAAGGAGCUCCUGGGACAUUCAGAUAUUGAUGUCAAAGUGGCUGUUGCUUCUUGCGUCAGUGAAAUCACAAGAAUAACAGCUCCAGAGGCUCCAUAUGAAGAUGAUCUAAUGAAGGAGGUGUUUCAGAGGAUUGUUCAAGCCUUUGAAAAUUUGGAUGAUGUGUCAAGCCGUUCAUUUCCAAAGAGAGUUUCUGUUCUCGAAACUGUUGCAAAAGUUCGGUCGUGUGUUGUGAUGUUGGAUCUUGAAUGUGAUUCUUUAAUUACAGAAAUGUUCCGUCAUUUCCUAAAGACAAUAAGGCCAAAUCAUUCGGAAAAGAUAUUUUCUUCAAUGGAAACCAUUAUGACACUUGUAUUAGAGGAGAGUGAAGAUAUAUCGCCUGAAUUAAUUUUAUGCCUUCUGGAUAGUGUAAAGAGUUAUAACAAAGAUAUGUUGCCAGUUGCACGCAGACUAGGGGAGAAAGUUAUCAGUAAGUGUGCUGGGAAAUUAAAACCUUAUCUUGUGGAAUUAUCUGAAUCCACCGGCAUGCCUUUAAACACAUAUGGCGAAGUUGUAGCCUCUAUAUGCCAAGAAUGUUUGGAUAGCGUUGAGCAAAAUGACGUAGAUGACAGCAAACAGUCUGAAAGAACUGUGUCUGAUGAAUUGGUUCAGGGCUCUGAUAAAAUGGAACAGGAAGUUAAUUGCCCUGAAGAAGUAACUUCUACUGAGAAAUCACCAAAAUCAGUGAUGAGCAAUGGUACUGUCCGGAUGGGUAAUGGCGGAUCAACAACAGAACCUUCUUCUCCAAAGCAGGAGCCUGAACCUUCUUGUCCUGGUGAUCAAUCCAAAAGGGCGAAUGCAUCCAACAGGGAUAUGUCGGUUAACUUGGAGCCUGUGGCUGGAAAGCCAGAUGCCAUCUCAGAUGUUAAACCCAAGAAAACUAGGGGCAAGCAAACUACCUUGUCUGAUUUGAGAAAUAGCGGUGAUCAUUGUUCUGACUCGAUUGGAAAAGAAGUACCUGGUAAACAUGACUUGGUGUCUCUAUCUGGAGCAGAUAGUGGAGCUGUUAAAGAUGCAUUGCCAGCCGAAGCAGAGAUCCCUGUUGCAACUCGGCGUAAACGAGGCAGACCUAGUACAAAACUAGCUGCAACAAGGCAUGAUGACAGUGCAGUAGCUGCACCAUCUGCUUCCCCUUUGCAACAGAAGGUAUCUGAGAUGGGGGAAAAAGCUAUAUCUUCCAAAGAUUCUAACUUACAGAAGGAAUCUGAUGGUAUCACUGGUCCUGAAGACAUUGAAGAAUCACCAAUUGGUACAGGAGACUCAGAGGAAAAAUCCCGAAGGCAGCAAAAUAGAAAAAGUUCAACAAGUAAGACUGAACGUGGAGAUUCAUCUCAAAAAUCGGGAACAUUAAAAAAUAAACAGCAGGACAACCUCAAAGCCAAAAAAGAUAAAGCUGGAGAACCAAUUUUGAAGGAAACAGUUUCAUCCUUAAGGUCUGCUGCAAAAUCACCUAAAGAUCAAGGCAUCUUGGAGGAGAGUGCUAAAACUAAAUCUGGGAGGAAGCGUGAACAUGGUGGCAGAGAGAUUUCUGAAACACCAACUGUCAACAAAGAGCUAGACGGUGGUCUUGUUGGCUCCAGAAUCAGGGUAUGGUGGCCAAUGGAUAAGAAAUUUUAUAAUGGUGUUGUUGAUUCUUAUGAUCAUGCUUCCAAAAAGCACAAGAUUGUCUAUACUGAUGGAGAUGUAGAGAUAUUAUUGAUGAAGAAAGAACGCUGGGAGUUUCUUAAGGAUGAUAACAAAAAUGAUAUGGAGCAAGCAAAAGAUUCUAGUAAUUCUGAUGCUGCUUCAGAAGAGUCAAAAAGCAAAAGAAUGAAAACAAGUUCAAGUUCCAACCCCAAGGAAACAAAUACAGAGACACCUACAAAAAGUGGCAAACCAUCCGGCAGUCGCCGUAAAGGUAGACCACGGAAAGCUGGUGUUUUGAACCUUGAUGAUGGUCCCAGCUCAUCAAGUAAGGCAAACGAGAAGGCAACAAGCAGAUCCAAAGAUGAGGGUUCUAAAUCUGAUGUAAAGCUUAAGGAUGACUCCAAGUCCACAGUUGAUAAGGCUGAUAAGUCUACCUCUAAAACUGGAAGUCAGAAAAAGGAUAAUGUUCACAAGUUCAUCAGAAAUUCCAUUGGUGGCACUCCUAAAUCAGCCAGCAAGUUAAUGGAUGAUACUGUUAGUGCUGUCAGCAAGGUAAGAAAGGAUACUUCAAAAAGUAAAUCUAGUGAAGACAGCCCAAAGACAGGCCAGAAAUUGAGGGGCACCACCUCUCCAACAACUGGUAGUGAAUCAGAAGCGAAUAUUGAUUUUGAGAAGGGGAAAGCUAAGGUUCGAGAGUCUGAGACACUGGCAGAGUUGCCGUCAUGUGCAACACCCAAGGCACCAGAGAGUGAAGCUUCGGCUGGGAAGAAGCGCAAGAGAAGGGGCCAAACUUGAGUUUGCAAAUAUUUAAUAGUUUAUAUGCAUAGUCAUCAUUUGGUUGCCACUGUCAUGCCGGUGGAUCUGUCACAGGUUCAUUGUAUUUUACCAAUUGCUUGCCAAGAACCCACGUGGCUGUUGAUGAGAAGUUGCAAAGUGGGUGUAGGAACUCGUAUAUGUAGAUCUUGUCUUUUGGCCAUACUCCAAUUCCCAUGGUAAGGGUGAAAAGUGCAAGCUUUUGGAAGCUUCAACAGAUUGUAAGGUAGCUUACAGUUGGUCUAUUUAUAUAGUUCUCUUGGCAAAAUUACCUUCUGAAAAUUCUGACCAGGCCACUGUAAAACCAGUUCGGAAGUUCUUCAUUACGGCCAAUUUGUGGAGUCUCUCGCGCUUUACGUGGUACAUCUACCAAGUCAUUAGAUAGUGUGAAGUGUAGCUCAGGUGAAACUUCAUAUUUUGGCCAUCUGUUUCAUUUUGUAGCACAAAAGUAUGGAGUAUGUUUGCAUCCAUAAGAUGGGAAUUUCUGCUA